AUGACAAUAUUACCAAUAACAUUGCUUUUGCCACUGCUUGUAAUCCCAUUCCCAUCCAUGGGAUGUCCUUUCAAUAUAUCUUGUACACAUGAUAACAACAUGAUUCUUCAACUACCUGCUAUAAAACUACUCGUUAAUCAAAUUAACUACACAACGCGAGUAUUAGAAGCAGGAGAUCCUGAUAAUUGUCUUCCACGGCUCUUUCUUCACCACAAUUUCUCUUCAUUAAUUUUUCCUUUUCGGAUUACUUCGUGGUAUUGGAUUACUUCACCACAAUACGAUGAAUUUACCAAUAUUAGUUUCUUUGAUUGUUCUUCAUUAGGACGACGUUAUCUGAUGAGCUCAUACGGGCAGGACAUGGUUUCUUGUCCAAUUUAUAUGGCAGGAUUUUACGAGGAUAUGGUUUUUACAAACCUUGUUUCCUGCACCAAACUGUCUCCACGAGAUUCGCCACCCCUUAUUCUUUCGGAAAAUUGGGUAUAUGGGAUACAACAAAACUCAAUCUCACUGUCAUGGUCGGAAACAAAUCUCGACACAAGAUGUUUGGAAUGUAAGCACAAAUCAAAGAAGAAGAUUAUAUUAUGCUCUGCAGGUGUAAUUAUUGGCUCAAUGGUACUUGUUCUUUUAUUUGGUGGACUUUUUCAAAUAUAUCGCUAUUUGAAAAUGAAAGACGAAGAUCAUGCAAGAAUUGAAAACUUUUUAAAAGAUUAUAAAGCUUUAAAGCCAACUAGAUUCUCUUAUGCCGAUAUAAAGAGAAUCACACACAAACAUAAAGAUAAGUUAGGUGAAGGGGCUCAUGGAACUGUUUAUAAAGGUAAGUUGUCGAAUGAGAUUCAGGUUGCCGUGAAGAUACUUAGUAAUUUAGAAGUAGAUGGAAAGGACUUCAUAAAUGAAGUGGGAACCAUGGGCAAAAUCCACCACAUCAAUGUAGUUCGUUUGCUUGGCUUUUGUGCGGAUGGAUUUCAUCGUGCUUUAGUCUAUGACUAUUUUUCAAAUGGUUCGUUGGAUAAAUUCAUUUCUCCACCAAACAACAAAGAUAAUUUUCUUGGAUGGGAUAAGUUACAACAAAUUGCUUUAGGAAUAGCAAAUGGCAUUGAGUAUCUCCAUCAAGGUUGUGAUCAAACAAUUCUACACUUUGACAUAAAUCCUCAUAAUGUCAUGCUAGAUGACAAUUUCACUCCAAAGAUUACAGAUUUUGGUUUGGCUAAGAUGUGUUCUAAAAAUCAAAGUGUUGUAUCUAUGACUGCAGCUAAAGGAACAUUAGGCUACAUGGCACCUGAAGUUUUUUCUAGAAACUUUGGAAAUGUCUCUUAUAAGUCUGAUAUAUAUAGUUAUGGCAUGUUAUUAUUGGAGAUGGUUGGGGGAAGAAAGAAUACAAAAAAAAACGAUGAUGAAGAAAAUAUUCAGAUUAUGUAUCCAGAAUGGAUCCACAAUUUGCUUGAAGGAGGAGAUAUACAAAUCUCAGUUGAUGAAGAGAGUGAUUUUAAAAUUGCAAGAAAAAUAGCAAUUGUAGGACUUUGGUGUAUCCAAUGGCACCCUUUACAUCGUCCAACAAUGAAAACUGUGCUGCAAAUGCUUCAAGGAGAACGGGACAAAUUAAAAGUACCAAGCAAUCCUUUCGGGCCUACAACUUCAACUAAUACAAAUGCUAAUAUUGUUGUAGAACGUAUGAAUUUGGAGCUGGAUGUGAUUCACGAAUUAGAUUAG